GGGUAAGGAUACAUCGACUGGUCACGAUGCACGUCAGCCAUGUUCUCUGCACUGUGCUUUGCAUACUAGACUCCACCUGACGCUAUCAUGGCUGCAUCAUUUUCAAAACCUUCCCUCGCAUCUUCUUUGCUCAGGUUAUCUGAAGUCCGCCCGGCGGCGUGGGGUUCCCUUUCUACUUCCUGCAAACCGGUGGACGAUGUCCUUAUGGGCGGAUUCCCCUAUGGUUCGAUUACCACUAUCUCCGGCUCACAUCCGCCGUCACGAACACUGAUAGCGCUGCACACCUUCUCCUCACAUAUCCUCUCGGACCCGACUACCGAAGCGAUAUGGGUGGACACGACGGGGAAUUUCCCCGGCGAAACGCUCAAGGAAAUCAUUUUUGCCACAUCUCCGUCACAAGAGGUCGCCACUUCGCUUCUGGAGCGGGCAAAGAUCACCCGCGUCUUCGAUCUCCAGGGCCUCGUCGAGACGAUCGAUGAGAUCAGAGAUGAUCACCGCACGCGGCAGAGGGAGAGUAACGUUGUGCCUGAUAGUGAGGGGGAGUCGGAGGACGAGGAGGGGGAUGGUGGGCGCGAGGUGCCGUAUGAGAGGACCAAGCGCGGCGUGAGGUUGGUGGUUGUCGAUAACGUCACGCUGCUGUAUGCGACGAUGGUUAAUAAGAGCCAGCUUCAGGGCCAGGCUAUGCUUGUGGAGGUUCUCCGCAGUUUUGCGGUGCUGGUGAAGACCUACGGGAUCGCUGUAUUGUUGCUAAACGAUACACCCCAUACUACCACCCCUCCUGACACGCCAAACUUUCAUCCUAGAUUUGCGUUCAAGCAUAGCACACUGCCGAGUGUGUUUGCUGAUUCGUCGCUGAGGUUCUUGAAUGGAUCAACGUUCUCUUACGGGGCUGACCUCCAUAUCUUGCUUUCGAGACAUCCAUAUGAGCCCAACGAGGAGAGAUAUGGUAGGAGAGGGGCAAGGAGCACGGUUGAUGAGGGCACGGUCUUCGAGAUUGUGGCGGAUAGGAUCGGGGGGAGGACUGGACGUUGGACCGCGUUUGGGAUUCUGGGGAAUGAGCUUGUUGCGUUGUCUUAGG